GCCUUGUCCAGCCUUGUCACGUUUGGGCGCGCGACCAGUCGCGGGUGGAAACGCCGGGAAUCGACGAGAAAGAAAGCUUCUUUUGGUCUUUUCUCUUAAGACACUUUCUGUUCUUUAGGAAAGACUUUUAGAAGCUUCCUUCUGUCGAUCCCCAAAAUUUGAGCCGUACUGCACGCGCGGAAAAGUUCUGAUGCAAGCGUCCGAAGACGUUCGUGCGAUCUAUCAUGGCGGUUUAUAUUGCAUCAUCCUCUGUGCCCCCGACUGCCGGUCAUGUCUUGAUAUAUAAACAGGAUCGUGAUUCAUCAUGUUUAAUUACAAUUCAUUUACAACAACAGAAGAAGUCAGAGACACAGUAUGGACAUCUAUGUGAAAGAAAAAUUAAUCAAGAAGAGGUCUUUUAAUACAAGAUUUGGAAUACUAACAUAUUUUCCGUGGCCUUUGAAAACAAAAUUAGAAUUUGCUGAAGCUUGUACCAGUGAAUACGAGGGGAAGAACUUGCCUUAUAUACUCAAAUUAAAAACAGUUUGGAAAGACGCUUUUAUCAGCGAAAGUGGAUCAAAAAUCGAAUAUGCUGGGAGAAAUGUUUGGAACAGUCUUGCAAGGAGCAGUUAUUUGCUUGGGAGUUCCUUUCCUACUUAAGUUGUGCUUGAAUUUGUUUGGUUCGUCGAUCAUCGGUGAGUUCGGCCUUGCCAUUGUAAUUAUGAAUUUUUUGCUUUCGGAGGAUAUUAGUAAGAGAGACUCAGCAAUUUUCCUGAGUAACAGUUCCCAAGUUGCAUCAUCUUUUUAUGAAUUUAUUUUGUGGCCCAUAAUAUUCAAAAAACGGAUUGUUCAUAGUACCUCAAAAUCCUCUCUAUUAUUGUGAACUUUUUAGUCAUUCAUUUUUUGAUAGCCUAUACUGCAUAGCUUGUUUAUUAGGCUUGUUUUUCCAUUAAAGGGAGGACCUUUAACUUGGCUGCGUUUUCACCACAAGCUCCAAAAGGGCAUUAGCCCUGAUAAGGUUACUCUGAUUGAAAACUUAUGCACAUAUUUGUGUUUUUCUGUUGUAUCCCAGCCAACAGGUUUCUUGCCUGUUUGAAAUUUUGGGUGACCCCUUAGACGUUAUACAGUCGAACCUGGUCAAUACGGACACUAAGGGAACAUGCCGUAGUGUGUGUAUUAACCGGGUAUCGGUAUUAAGCAGGCUCUCGGAAAAAAUGUCAUGGACAUAUGCUCUAUUGAUGUGAAGAUGGGAGAAGAUGAGAAUUUUUUUUUUAAAUUUCUUAACAAUUCAUCCUAAAGAAACCCUAUGAUCUUUUAUCAUGGUAUCAGACUUGACUUUCCUUUGAAGUCAGUAUUCUUUAACACAGAACAUGACAUUGGAAUAUGUGACUGUACUUUGUGCUGAUGGUUUUAGUUUGUGACUCCGCCAAGAGGACCUAAUAUAAGACAGAACCUUUGAAAGGUCACUUGCCAUUUCUGUUAGGCUUUUAGUAGUAAGAUAUUUGGUGAUUGACACUGCCAGGGUGUUCCAAAACAUAUUUCCAGCUGUCCAGGACAGGUAGAAAUUUAGUUUGGACUUGGAAACCUUUGACAUGAGUUGUCUGUUUGACAAGCACAUUUUUAAUCAGAAAAAAUACAGAAACAGUUGAUAAUUGACUUCAAAUUACAGUAUAAUUAAAAUUUGUCUUAUAGUCAUAAAAACAAACUCCAUACUUUACAAAAUUGAUGAGGUGAAAUAUUCCUUUUAACUCCACCAUUUGACGGCCAUUUUAUUUGUUUUUACGAGCUCUGUUUGGCUUUGGAACCUGGCCUCAGUAACUAGGCCUGUUGAGACGUAACUCAAUUCAAGUUGAUAAUGUCCAAUUGUUUUUGAGUUUCAAGUAUCCAGCAAAACGUUUCGGACAAGAACUUGGGUUUCAGACAAUCAAAUUUAAUAUAGUGCUUGUCCAAAGGAGAAGUAGAUAAGAAAAUUUUUCUCUUACUCUACUCUGCUCAGGCCCAGGUUGUUCAAAAGCUGGAUAGCGCUAUCCACCGGAUAAAUCACUAUCCAGCAGAUACGUAUUACAGGAAACAAUAAUUGCAUUAUCCGCUGGAUAGUGAUUUAUUCGCUGGAUGGGGCUAUCCAACGUUUGAACAACUGGGGCCAGGUGAAUAGUGUCAAUAACAUGGGGUUGAUGAUCUAUUAGAGUUAGUGACUCAGGACACUGAAAAGUGUCCAUAUUAACAGGUGUUGAUAUAAUUUGCAUGAAGAAUGAAAUGUAUUCACAACACCUACAAUUGAAAUUAACCUUUUCUCCUGUGAUCUUUUAUGCAGGGUUUUUUAUGCCACACAUCUGGAAAUGUGCAGUGUCGGAUAAAGUUCCCCCAGAGAAAGAACCUGAGGAUCAGGUUGAAACAAAACACGUUUUAAGAACUGAUAUAGUUGGAUGUAUCAAACUGGAAGGAGACAACACUUCGUUGGCAGCAUUGAUCCGAGGAUAUUGUGGACUUGUUUCAGACCAGACCUGCGAUACGCAGUAUAUGUUGAAAGGCAGUUCCAGGGACAUAACCAAGACGGAGAAACUACAGAUAGAAAAUAGUGUAUCACUACUACUGCACAGUGCAAAAAAUCUUCGCUUGGGAACUAUGACUUUAUUUCCAUAUAACAAGCUACAACGACUCUACCAUCACUUCAAACAAGACUCUGUCAUUUCUGCAGAGAUGCGUGAGAAGUAUUAUUGGAAAUUCAAAAGUACGUCAUGUUGUAUAUUGGAGGAUAGACCACUUGAAAACUGUGAAAUUAUGAUAGAGAAGGAUUUUAUGGUACAUGAAUUUGAGAAGCAUCCCUCUCAGAGGGAAGUGUCUGAUAUGAAUGGACUUGUGUCUGUGAGAGACUGUGUUUACAAUCAAAAGGGACAACUUGUUUGUAUGUUUAUUUGUUUUGAUACUGUUUACUCAGAUAGUUCAAGUGAAGUUUCUUCAAGUAGUUCUUAUUGUGAUCCUUGGGAUUCAGAUUGUGAUAGCGAAGAGUUUAUUGUCUUUGAUGGUUCUUGCACAGAUACAUGUAAGAAUGAUCAUUAUGGAAGCCUUGGUUUUGUGUGUGAGGAAGGCGAUAUGUUCCAAGAAACCUGCACCCCAUUACUGCCCUUGAACUCUAAUUUGUACUGUGAAGUGUCGUUGAUGAAGUCUUUUGACAGUAAACUGGAUUCAUUUGUCCAGGAAAUUUUGCAUCCAAAUUUCUGUCAUAGCUAUGAUGAGCACAUUGUAGACAGGAAUAGUCAUAAGCAUGCACAACAUGAAAGCAAUAAAGACUUAACGUCUACAGACUCAAGUAGCAAGACUAUCCCUAAAAGAAAACUGAAAAAGAAGGUUCAUUUUAAGCCAGACAAUGAACUUACUACUGUUCAUCCAAUGUUUGUCUGGAACUUUGCUUACAAACAAGCACGCAAAGGAACGUGGGAGGCUGAUGCCUUAGACAGGCUCCGUUUUCAGAAGCGUGUUAAGGAACUUGAUCAAAUUUUAACUCCUGUUUUGCUGGCAAAAUGGAAGAAGGCUGUUGAACCUUGAGUAUGAUUUUAGAAAAUAAUAAAUAUAAUAGCAUUUAUUAGGUAGGUUUUACUCUAUUAAUUGAGGAAUUUUUAAAGUUAUGUAUCAGCUACAUCUCUGUGAGAUGAGAAAGCCAUUGAGUGAAUUUUCCACAAUUACCGUACUUGGUCAGGCACCAUUGUUUUGCAGAUAUUAUUGUGCCGGUGGUCUGUUCAUGUGCAAUGUUCAAUGAACUUAAGUCUGGUUCCUUUUGCCCUCAUUGAAGAGUGAUAAUGAUAAUAAUAGAAAUAGAAGGCUGUGCUCUAAGAAAAAUUGAAGGGAGCCUAGCACACUGAACCUGUAAAAUCUAGGGUACCCAGCAUAUGAUCUCUGACAAAACUAAGAUUUUUUCCUAGAUUUUCUAGAUGCACAGGAGCAAAAGUUAGGCACCAGGGGCCACUGGUGCUGCUAGAGCACAGCCCUCUAUUAUAAUUUGGCAAUAAGCGGUAAAUUAAUAAUGCAUAAGGUCAGAAAAAAACUAAAAUGCUCUUGUGGUGUUAUCUUCCUUUUGUUUUGUAUGAAGUAAAGUAGCCAGGGUCGUGCGAACAGAAGCCACGGAAAAUCCCUGGAGCCAGACCGUUAGUGAAAAGCUGUGUAAGAAUAAUAAUUUUAUUGUAUAUUUAAAAGUGAUGACCUUGACUCAGGGUUUUUUCAUAGCAUGCAAUGUGGUGAGUUACACUUAAGUGGUUUGUAAAGUGUCUGGACUUAAUGUUUUGCUCAUAGCCUUGUGUGGUAAACAGACUACAGUAGUGACACAGUCUUAUCAAUUUCAAAAUGAAUACAUAUUUUUCUAAGAAAAUAAUUCACUCACAUUCCUAGUCAUGUUUUUUGGCAUUUGACAUUCGUAAUAAGUGGUUGGUGCUGAAAUUUUGGUUAAUUUAUUAAUUUCAUAAUGAUAUUAUAGAUGUGGCCAAUAGCAACAGCUAGUCAUGCAUUCCUUAAUAAAUCUGCUUCAACUAAAGCAAAAAUUAUUGUCUCUGUUACUUAAUUAGUAAAUAUUAUUUGUCAAGUCUCAGAUAGCAUGGACUUCAUUCAUGUAUAGCAACUAUUUUUUUUUCUUUAUUUGUGUGAAAAAUUGUACCACCAUCUGGUACAAUUGCUAAUAAUUUAGUUUCACACAAUAAAUACUAGAUAUGUCUGGAAGGUUUGCAUUACAAGUUGCCUUUAGCUGCUUACAUUGUAUGAGAGAGUUGCAUGCAGCGUGGUAGCCUGUUCCAGGCUCCGAGUGAGAUAGUCGCGUCAGCUGAAUUGAGAAAGUGUGAACUUGAAACAAAAGUGGGAGGAAACUGGGGAGAGCAAGGAUGGCGACCUCUCACGCCCUAACCAUGAAACAAGCGGCAAAAAAUUACAUUUGCUCCGUCAAAACGUAGACCCCUCCAGAGCAUAAUCUACCUGUAAGAGAAAAAAUUAAUUGGAACAAGCAGCAUUUUGGCACGAGGUAAAAGUUGUGUGUUGCCUACUCACCCCCUUUUUGCACUCCAAAUUGCUCACGCUUGCAUAAAGGAUUAACACUGGGUGAAAUACUCUCGUGAGAAAUUUGAGAAAGAUUCCAACUCGUCGACAUUUCGACAGUUUGACAACUGAAAUCUAAUUAUCUCAAACGUGCCAAAAGUGGGUGGAAGAGGGUGGUAAAAGAAAUGAUUACAGGCUCUCCCUUCCUUUUCCCUUUUCCCCGCCCCGCCAACUUUUUGCAUGCCUUUUACUUUCACGUCUUCCCCACUAUCUGAGAGCCUGGAACAGGCUAGCUCCAUGGGAACCUUUUAGGAGCAGAUCUUUAAAUUUUUCAUUACAGGGGUUGAAACUUGUGCAUACAGCUUAAACGUGUUAGUACAGCCAACAAUUUCCUUUAUGUGACUGAUGCUUUGCUCUCUUAAAUGUUAGUACCCUUGUUAUUCGUUUUUGCAGGACCUGCUGUUUUAAAGCAGUUGGUUAAUAUUAAAAAAAAAAACAACUAGUCUAAGGGCUGUACUAAGGUUGGGCAAACCCUGCAUAAUGAAUAAUGAUUAUG